AUUCUCAGUCUGUUUACAGGGUUAUCAAAUCUAAGAUCAACGCGACAUUACUGCUUUUUGUAAAAACAUACAUAAACCCCUCAUUGUGCGAGAGGCAGCGGCUGGUACACUUUCCUCGCCUUUGAUUGGCUGAUUUUGGAGGUGUGUUCGCUACGUCAGAGGUCAACUGAUAGUUCGUGCGCAGAGACCGACUUUGUGUGUUGGCUGCCGAGGAAGUGCGAUGUUAACGUGUAAAUAGCACGAACUUAACGGAAAAGUAAAUAAUAUAUGUUGCAGUAGUGCCGAGAACUUGUUCAUUAUAUCACUGAUUUGAUAAUCACAGGGUUGCAGCACUGUUCAAUCGGCUGACACCGGAGCGAUUGAGACCGGGUCACGUUUUCCAGUGGAUGGAUGCCGGCUGGUGAAGAUCAGCUGAUCGAAGCAGGACCAAGUUGUGAUACCGGGAGAGCGCUCACUGUCGCAAGGUCGGGUUCUGACUGACAGAACAACUCUGUGACUUCGUUUAAGGGGUUCAGGAUCACUGGUGGUUGGAUGGCAGAUGAGGUUGCGCUGACCAGCUUGCGAGAUGAAGAAUCCCUCCGGUUCUUUCAUGUCUUGUGCCACCGCGACUCGGCCGCUCGUCGGCUGGGCAUUGACUCAAUCCGAAAAAACUUUUGAUGCUUGGCUGGAUGGAUACGGCAGCCCUAAACAGAUACAUGGCGAAACGGACAUCAACGGGUUUCAGCCCAUAGUGACAGAAUAUCUCCCCGAACUUCUGUGUCUUUCUAUCCAGUGCCCCUUUGAUGACGUACGCGAAGCACUCGCAGACAUUCUCGAGGAUGUCAAGAAGCGAGGUCGAGGUCUUCAUGUGCCCCGUCGACUGGAGAAGGGGGCGAGUCACUUCAUCUCGGAAAAAGAGGUACUUUUAUGUAACAUGCUUUACACACAAAUUUGUUGUCCUAAUGGGAGUUAAUACAAAUCCAUAUAA